CCGCCUCUCCUGCGGAGGUGAAGCCUGGGACGCUGCGAGUCUCCGCCCCGCGGUGCAGCUAGGGGGUGUGAUUUGGGGGUCAUAAGGGAGAGCUAAAUAAGAGGAGGGCCCAGGGUCGUCCCGCUCUGCUCUCCCCUAGCUUCUAGGCACCAAGCCUGCACGAGCCCAAGGGUGAUUUUUAAAUUGGGCCCAAUAUGAUACUAACCAAAGCCCAGUACGAGGAGAUAGCCCAGUGCCUAGUGUCUGUACCGCCCACUAGGCAGAGCCUGAGGAAGCUGAAGCAGAGGUUCCCCAGUCAAUCGCAGGCCACUCUGCUGAGCAUCUUCUCCCAGGAGUACCAGAAACAUAUUAAAAGAACACAUGCCAAACAUCACACUCCAGAAGCGAUUGAAAGUUAUUACCAGAGGUAUCUGAAUGGCGUGGGGAAAAACGGAGCAGCCCCCGUGCUCUUGGAGCUGGCCAAUGAGGUGGACUAUGCACCCUCAUUAAUGGCUCGGAUUAUCCUGGAGAGAUUUCUACAGGGGCAUGAGCAGACUCCACCCUCCAAGUCUGUUAUAAACAGUAUGCUGCGGGACCCUUCUCAGAUUCCAGAUGGAGUUCUAGCAAACCAGGUCUAUCAGUGCAUCGUGAAUGACUGCUGCUAUGGACCGCUGGUGGACUGCAUCAAGCACGCUAUUGGCUAUGAGCAUGAAGUUCUGCUGAGAGACUUGCUUCUGAAGAAAAACCUGUCGUUCCUAGAUGAGGAUCAGCUCCGUGCAAAGGGCUAUGACAAAACCCCAGACUUCAUUUUACAGGUGCCAGUGGCUGUGGAAGGGCACAUAAUUCACUGGAUUGAAAGCAAAGCCUCAUUUGGUGAUGAAUGUAGCCACCACGCCUACCUGCAUGGCCAAUUCUGGAGCUACUGGAAUAGGUUCGGACCAGGCUUGGUCAUCUAUUGGUAUGGAUUUAUCCAGGAACUGGACUGCAACCGGGAAAGAGGCAUCCUGCUCAAAGCCUCUUUCCCCACAGACAUCGUCACCUUAUGCCAUAGCACAGCUUGACCCCAAGAUCCUGGAAGAGAAGCCGGAAGCAAUGUUACUUUCCUGCAGUAUAAACUGCUGGCAACAUCUGCCCUGAACUUCAGCUGAACCCUAGCUGCUGCCGUCGCAGCCCUACCUCUCUAGACAAACAUAUCAAGAGUUUCUGUUUUCCUUCAUCCCUGGGUGAUGUGAAUAGCCAAGAACUACAGACACAACCCACUCAUUAUCAGCAUUUCUGUCUCUGACAAACAGUUAGUUUAUAGAUAGCCAUAAUCUUGCUUCUUUCCGAAUGCUUUCUCCUUGUAUACUGAACAGAAGAGAAAGUAUGGAGACUGGAAGGUGUUGAGUUUUCACUUCUCCUCCCUGUGAUCAAAUAUUUUUUCUUCUAAACCUCCAUUCAUAUUCUCUCUUUCUCUCUCUCUGUCUCUGUCUCUCUCUCUCUCCCCCUCCAUCCCUCCAUCCAUCCGUGUAUGUCUUUCUCUCUGUGUCUCU